GGGAACGUAGUGAAUUGGAUGACACAGUGCGUGCGCAAGAAGGGUGACAAGAUAACAUAGGAUGUUAAAGAAAAAGGAGAAAUCCUGAUUUACCAAAAUAAUUUUUCCUUUUUUGGAAUACAAAUCUGUCGGCUUGAAGCUUAUAUUUUGGAGGGUGGCCAUAUACUGUAGCCUUCCCGUAUCGGACAUUAUCCUGUAGCCUAUUUAUUUGCGUGGCCCUGUGCCAUUAUAAUGGCUCGACAGUAGCCUUGGACAAUGUGUUCAAAACGUCGGAUGUGUCUUUUACCGAGGCGAUCCCGUUAGAAUAUGAUUUUAACGUACCAAUAUAUACGAUAUAUAUGUGCUUCCCAUCGAAAUAAUAACGCGCUCUUCCGUACGGAUCCAUUCGAAAUCUGGGCGAUUGUAAUUGUAUAGCCAUCUCUCCAUCCUUAUCUGGAUCUCUGUCCUAUUGGUGCGAUGGCCUUCUCCCUUCUGGCUAUCCUGAUAUUAUCUCUCCACGCUCUCCCAUCCAUUGGCUGUCCAGUGGGAUGUCGCUGCUACAGCCUGACUGUGGAGUGUGGCUCUAUGGGCCUCCGGGACAUCCCCUCACAUGUCUCACCUUCCGCACAGACAAUCUUCCUUCAGGACAAUGCUAUCGGGCAGAUCCGUCUGUCAGACCUCUCCCAGCUGGGCCGUCUGCACUACCUGUAUCUGCAGAACAACAGUAUCUCAGCCCUGGAGCCCGGGGCCUUCCAGAGCCAGGGUCAUCUUCUGGAGCUGGCACUCAAUGGGAACCGCAUCCACUUGGUCACAGCAGACAUGUUCAGGGGCCUGGAGCACCUCCGCAUCCUCUACCUGGCAGGAAACGACAUCACUCGCCUACAGGACUAUACCUUCAGAGGCCUACAGCGUCUUCAAGAGCUUCACCUGCAGCAGAAUAACAUUGAGAUGCUGGGAGACCAAGCUCUAGUUGGUCUGUCCUCUCUGGCCCUGCUUGACCUCAGCCGGAAUAACCUGCACACCAUCGGCCCUGCCACCCUGCGGCCCCUCGUCAGCCUGCAGGUGCUGCGUGUCACAGACAAUCCGUGGCGUUGCGACUGUGCCCUGCACUGGCUGCGCAGCUGGAUCGAUGAGGAGGGCCAGCGCCUGCUGAGCUCGGCCGAGCGGCGCCUUGUGUGUUCUGAGCCGCCCCGCCUCUCCCACCUCAGCCUGGUGGAGGUGCCUCUUAACAGCCUGGUGUGCAUCCCCCCUCUGGUGCAGCUGGAACCCCGCCGCCUGGCCGUGCGCCUGGGGGAGAGCCUGCGUGUCUCCUGCCAUGCAUCUGGUUACCCCCGGCCGCAGGUCACCUGGAAGAAGGCUUCCCAGGGCAAGGUGCAGCUCUCCCCCCGGGGGCUGGUGCAGGACCUGGGUGGUGUAGGGACCGUGGGGGCUGAGGAUGCAGCACAUCCAGGUGCAGGACGGGUGAGACUCCAGAAGGAGGAUGGAGAGCGCUUCGAUCCAGACACGGGCAGUGGGAUGCUGUUCCUCAGUAACGUGACAGUGGCUCACGCCGGGCUGUAUGAGUGCGAGGCCUGGAACGCUGGAGGGGUGGCCCGUGUGACCUUUCAUCUCGUGAUCAACUCUUCGUCCUUUUCCAGUUGGUCCCCUGCCUCCUACGCGCCAUCCUGGCCUCGUCUGCGCUCCAAUCGGCCGACGUCGUCAGACGUGAGUCGAGAGCCCCUGUACGCCCUUGGCAGCAUGGCCUUCAGUGCGCUGGGAGCUGCUACUCAGACUGCCAUCGCCAUAGGGAUCUCCCUGCUGGCCCUCACGGCCCUUCUCCUGGUGGCCAUGAUCUACAGCCGGCACCGCCAGCGGCAGAAGGACACAGAUGACAAGGAGGAAAGCAUCCUGUAUGUCAAUGAUUACUCGGACGGACCAACAACCUUUGCCCAGCUGGAGGAGUAUCGGGAUGAGCGCGGGCACGAGAUGUAUGUUCUGAACCGGGCUAAACCCGUUCUCCCACCUUCCACCACAGCCACUACCACCACCUUGGGGUACCAACAGCAGGAGGCGCUGUCUCCCACAAAGCCCCAGAUGGAGCCUGAUAUACGGACAAUGAGAAGGAUGGCAGGGGAGGGCGGGGAGGCAGAGCCGGUGACAGCCGAGUCGGAGGGCUUAUUUCUGAAUCACACAGGUUUGUUCCUCGACUCACAAAUUGCAUAUGAGAUCCACUGCUGAAGGCCCCCAGGAUGACGUUCACAAUGAGCUAGCCCAGAGUGCUUAAUGUCACUUGGUGACCAAACCUCCAGACUGCAGAUCAAACGUGACAAUGAGGGUUCAGAUAAAUCAUAAAUCCUGAUUGCUCUGGAUCCAGAGUGACAAGCUUGAGCGGCAGCGAGAUAUAAAGACAUGGCAGGUUUGAUGCCUCCCUCAACCAAAACCCCCACUGUCCUUUGUCCAGCUUGAACAUAUACUGUAGCUACUAUAGUAAGUAUGGAGAAACCAUUACAGUGGACUGAGUCAUGUGUGGUGGAGAGACCCUUAUUGUGACACUUCUGCUGUUUAUAUAAACUAAACUGUGAUAGGGGCCUAAACAGGCUCACCUGGUUGGACUCUGAGAGGUUGAAAAAUGGAAGAGGAAGGUACAUCGUAAGUCUAUAAGAAAGGAGUACUUUGUGGCAGAAUACUGCUGACCAACCCGGAUCCCUCCAUCCUAAAGCAUAAUGUUACUUCCAAAGAUUUCAUCAAUCAAACAACGGUAUACAGUCAGUAAAACAGGCUUUCUCUCCUUCAGGUUCUGUUCAUUUCAUUAUGUUGGUGACUAUAUGCAUACUAGCAUGAACUGAAGAUAAGGAGAUGUAUUACAUUUGCAGGCAGUACCAUAAAUCAGUAAUCUCCUUUAACUUUAAAAUAAUACUUUUUGAAAUAUAUGAAAGUACUUUAGGGCUUAGCUUUAUGAAAGUGUUUUUGUCGCUUGUACCUCAACAUGUUUUUUAGUUGACCAAACAAGGUAAACCUAAUGUGAUUCAAUGUGUGUGUUUUUCUCAUGAUUAAGUGUUUCAAUAGCAUUUAGCUUACUGUAUUUGCAGUAUACCUCAGCAUUCGUAUUUGUUUAAAUGGAAUCUGGUAAAAUGUCUGUGGUCCAGCACAAGAUUACAGUAGGUUUUGGUGUGUGCUGUAAACUGCACAUAUGCUGCAUACAGUUUUGCAGUGCAUUGCUGUAUGGCACUAUUUUCAGAAAUUCCACCAGGAACUACCAAAUCCACAACAAUAUUAGCUUUCAUUCAAACUGUGUUUUUGUCAUUCAGAUGUUGAAAAGUAUUUGUUUGAAAUAGGAAGUGCAGUGGACCCCAGCGCAAGCUUCCCCCAACAGCUGUAGGCUACAGGGAAAGAAAAGCCAUGCAGUCUAGAAUUAAAACACUGUAUUGUCCUACCCAGAUUGUCACUGUAAAACUGCAUUUCAAGCUUUUAGUAUAAUUUCAGAUGUUUUGAAUACUUUUAUUUGAAAAUGAUUUAUUUGUGGUUUGUUUUGACAUACACUACUGUUCAAAGGUUUGGGGUCACUUAGAAAUGUCCUCGUUAUCCAUGAAAACAUACAUGAAAUGA